AUGGCACGUGUGGUGGUGCGGAUUCGGCCUGAGCGCCCGGCGGCGGUGACUGCCAGCGGCUCUUCCGGAAGCGUGCAGGUGGCCCUGGAGACGGGCCUGCAGUUCGAUGUGGACGAGGUGCUCGCCGAUGGGGACUCGCCUGAGGCGAAUCAGGAGAAGGCCUUCCAAUCCCUGGGCCUGCCCUUGCUGCAAGAUGCGCUGCGCGGGCGCAGUCACGGCUUGCUGGCCUUCGGAGGCGCCUGGUCGGGGAAGAGCUACACGCUGCUGGGAACGCAUGAGGCACCAGGCCUUGUGCCGCGGCUCGCUGCAGCCCUUGGAGAGACAGAGGCGAUCUCUGUCUGGUUCAGUGCGGUGGAAAUCUUCGACGACCACUGCCAGGACCUGCUUGCCACGGGGCCGUUGGAGCGCAAGGUGCCGAGCUUCGUGCACCAUCCCCGGCUGGGCGUGCAGCUGGUGGGAGCCACCGAGAUGCCCGUCGAGCAGGACAUCCAGGAGCUUGUCAGCUUCGCCCUGAAGCGCCGCGCCCUGCUGCGGACCUGCCUUCACAGCGCGACCAACCGCUCCCACCAGCUCUUCACACUGCGGGUGGAGUCUGCAGCCACCAGUGCAAGGCUCUGCUUCUUCGACUUGGCGGCGGCGGACUGCGCAGUGCCCUCCCUGGACCUCCGAUCUUUGGAGGCCGAGGAGCCGCUCGGCUUGAGACUCGACUCGAGGCUGCUACAAGCGUCGUGCCCGCUGACCCUUGCGGUGACCGACUGCAUCACAGGUGCCUGGCGCUGUACCGUGGUCGCUACCGUGGGCAAGAGCGCGAAAGCCGCGGCGGCGGCGCUGAGCAGCACCCGGCUCAAGGUGGCAUCAGAUGCAUCGCCGCGCGUCCAGCGGACGCGGCAAGAGCAGCUGAGCCUCCUGCAAGAGGAGGUGGUUCUGCUCAAGGCCGAGUCGGAGUUGGCGCUCAGAGGCAGCCUCAUCGUGGAGUUCAAUACGAGGCCAGACCAGAAGAAGCUGGCCCGUGAGCGCGCGAAGACCUUGGAGUGGUGCGGCCUGACAGAUCCGGCCUCCGAAGACGAUGUGACGCCAUACCUGGCGAACAUGUCGGAGGACGCGACGUUGGCGGGGCGCCUCGUGUAUCAUUUGCCCCGCGGAGAGCGGACGAGCAUCGGCAGCGAUCCCGACAACGCGGUGGUGGUGGACGGCUUGGGCGUGCUGCCCAACCUCUGCAGCAUAGUCAACCUGGACGACUCCAAGGUGACUUUGUCCCGACCGGACUUUGCCCGCGCUCAGAUUCUACUCAACGGCAGGAUGCUGAGCAGCGAAAGCGUAGCGCUGGAAGACAAGGACCGGAUCUGCAUCGGAAGGGCCCAGCUCUUGCGACUCCACAUCCCCAAGAAGGGGGAGCCAACGGAGAGCGACGUCCUAUCCCAGGACACCUCGGUCUUGCCGGCCUCUCCGCCGGAGCUCGGAGACCUGAGCCAGCUGUGUGCGCACUCAGACUCCCUUCGAGACCUGCAGUACUACGUCAAAGACCUGCUGCCGAAACUGGCCCCUCCCCAGGCAGUGGCGAUUCUCGAGGCGCUGAGGAAGGUGUGCUACCACAUCGACGAGGCCAACAUGAUCACCCGGGAGGUCCGGCCGGAGGACCAUAUGCAGUUUGAGGUGGAGUUGGUCUGGGACAUCUUCCGCAAGCCCGAGGAGGUCUUGGUGAUCCGUCUCAUGAGCUAUGCCCACAGCAGCAGCGCAAGAGGCACCACUCCCUCGGGCCAGCUGCUGCACUACUCCUCCGUGGCUCGCUUCCUCGAGCGUUUGGAGCUGCUCCGCGACGCCCACCGCGGCUUUGGCCUCGGCUUCCGCGUUGGCGCUUCACCUGGCCGCGGCGCGUCGGAGCUCGCGCGGCUCAAGGACCCAUGGCUGGAGCCCAGCAUCUCCACCAUGCGCCAGCACCUGACCUACGCCAGCCCGGCGCCGGCGCCGAUCCCCGAGGGCGUUCCGGAGCUGAAGGCGGCGAUCGCGGUCCUGCGGCAGGAGCUUCAGGACAAGUCGGAGGACUUGGAGCGGAAGUCCGAAGUCAUCGCCAAGAUGAGCGAAGAGAUGCAGCAGAUUUUUAAGGUCAUGGCGGAGGAGGAGGAGCAACGGCCCACCAGGAAGGUGAGCCGCGAUAGCGAGGAGAACUGCACCAUGAGCGUCUCGGCCUCCUCCGGCAGCGGCUGCGGCAGCGAGAGCCGCGAGACCCGAUCCAGAGGCUUCCGCCAGGACAAGGUGGGCCGGUCGCUGCCCUCCCAUGCCCCGGUGCUGCUGAGUCAGUCUAGCCUGACGCCUCCUGGGUACUAUCGAGACCUGAGGAGAUAG